CGCACUGCGCCCAGCAUGAGGGUCGCGGCUCUGAUCAGUGGUGGGAAGGACAGCUGUUAUAAUAUGAUGCAGUGCAUUGCUGCUGGGCAUCAGAUUGUUGCUUUAGCAAAUCUAAGACCACCUGAAAACCAAGUGGGGUCAGAUGAACUGGAUAGCUACAUGUAUCAGACAGUGGGUCAUCAUGCCAUUGAUUUGUAUGCAGAAGCAAUGGCUCUUCCCCUCUAUCGCCGCACCAUAAGAGGAAAGAGCAUGGAUACAGGACGAGUGUACACCAAAUGUGAAGGUGAUGAGGUUGAAGAUCUUUAUGAGCUUUUGAAACUUGUUAAGGAAAAAGAAGAAGUAGAGGGAAUAUCAGUAGGUGCUAUACUCUCUGACUAUCAGCAUGUUCGAGUAGAAAAUGUGUGUAAAAGGCUUAAUCUCCAGCCUUUAGCUUACCUUUGGCAAAGAAACCAGGAAGAUUUGCUCCGAGAGAUGAUAUCAUCUAACGUUCAAGCAAUCAUCAUCAAAGUAGCAGCUCUAGGUUUAGAUCCAGAUAAACAUCUUGGAAAAACCCUGGACCAAAUGGAGCCUUAUCUCUUAGAGCUUUCUAAGAAGUACGGAGUCCAUGUUUGUGGAGAAGGUGGAGAGUAUGAAACGUUCACUUUGGACUGCCCUCUAUUUAAGAAGAAAAUAAUUGUGGAUUCAUCAGAAGUAGUCACACAUUCAGCUGAUGCAUUUGCACCUGUGGCUUACCUUCGCUUUUUAGAAUUGCACUUGGAGGACAAGCAUUUGACAUCCUCAGACAGGCUGUUUAUGGGUAACUGCUCAUGUGAGGUGAACUGUAAUGAGGAUAACAUCCUUGCUCUCAAAGAGGAAGAAGACCAAAAUGAAACUCCACCUCUCAUCUGGAAAUCAUUGACUCCCCUUCUACAAAAUAGUCAAAAAUCAAUGAGCUCAGGAAAAUCUCCAAGUGGUUACCAGUGGAUUAACGGCAUCAUAGCCGCCUUUCUCUCAUUCAGUGAAGAAAGUGUUAUAAUUGCAGCAGCUCAAGCCUUUUCUUCUCUACAAGCUACUAUUAAAUCUAAGAGAUUGGAAUUGAAAGAUAUUAUUUUGGUCCAUCUCUAUCUGAAAAACAUGAAAGAUUUCUCAUCUAUUAACUCAGCAUAUGUGACCACCUUCAAGCAUUGCCUGCCUGCAAGUACACGGGCCUCUCACUGUUGUGGCCUCUCCCGUUGCAGAGCACAGGCUCCAGACGCGCAGGCUCAGCGGCCAUGGCUCACGGGCCCAGCCGCUUCACGGCAUGUGGGAUCCUCCCGGACCGGGGCACAAACCUGUGUCCCCUGCAUCGGCAGGCGGACUCUCAACCACUGCGCCACCAGGGAAGCCCCGAGCAAACUAUUUUUGAGAAAAAUAUUACAAAGGUGGGAUGAAAUUAUUUCAAAAGGAAGAACACGAGUGUCAUGGCAAUGCCAAGGACACAGGUAGCAUCCUGGUGGUAGUGGUAGUUCCCCAUCUCCCCAGAGAUGCUGCUAUUGAGUGGCACGUCAUUGCAGUGGCAGAUAAGCCAUCUAGAAGGAAGCAUUUUGCUUUGUAGAAAAUAUCUGAGGAUUUUCAAAUUGAAUGUGAAGCUGUGACUUCCAUUUCUGCUUCCAGUGCAUCUAUCUAUCUCCAUUCCUUUAAGACGGACAUCACCAUCUAUGUCCUCACCUGAUUUAAACAGGACUCUAGAAAACCUGAUGACUGUGUUUGUACAAGCAAGGAGAAGACUCUCCAAAGACAACCAAGGUGCACCAUUGUGUUUAGAAUAUUCUACGAAAAAGACAGCAUUAGAGCCCCUGUACUGCAAGCAGGUACGAGAACUAUCAGAGAGGUGAAAGUACAGACUGUGGAAUCACAUCAUAUAUGCUUGUCACAGAGAGAGUUCGGGAGAGUGAGGGAAAGGAUAACAUAAGUAGUGUGGGAGACAUUUGCUCCCAGUCCAAUUAGUGAGAGUGAGUGUGAGGCGGGAGAUGUGAAUCCACUGCUUCCUUUGUUGAUCUCCACUCUCUUGUGCCUUUUGUGUGAACCUCUCACUGCCCUAUGAAUGAUUCUAGUGUUUAAAGAUAUUUUUCCUGCUAUAUAACCCUCUUUAUUAUAUACCAAAGCAUAUUGUACACAUUAAACAUUUGCACAUACAUAUCAGAGAAUAGGUUUGUGUACACAGUACCAUGAAUAUACUAUCCUUUAGAGAUGACGCAUGGGAUUUAGACCAACCCCAUGUAAAUCUGACUCCAUGAUACACACACAAAGCGAGCCAGAAUCUCAUCCCCAAAAUCAGGUCUGACUCAAAGAAGAGCCCCACUAUUCAUGUUCCACAGGCACUUUACUAAUAUGGCUUUGAGUCAUCCUUCUAAGAGACAGAAACAACCAACGUGCACUUGGCAUAUUUCACCAUGUGGCUGGCUAUUAAAACAAGAGGUCUGAACCAAAAGACACACUUCAUUCUCAUUAAGUGAGUCAUGGUCAAGAGUCAGAACUCAUAACCUACCAACUGGUUAAUUUCCAACUUGAAUAGCAGUGGGAAGUUCUCACUCUUCCCAGGCCCAUGGAAGUUUUGGGUUUCAUUGGACUGGUGUAAUGUAAAUAAGACUUAACUGAAUGAUCAAUCCAAAUUUGAUGCACUAUUCCUUUAUCGUAUUAGCCUAAAUUGUGUGCAAAGUCCCUCAGUGGGUUUUCAAAUGCAGUUGUACCUCAGGCCUUGCUACAGGUGAAUUUGAAUUCAAUAUUUGCAAAUUAAAUUGUGUUUUGAACAUUGUAUGGAAGUUAGCUUUUAAAAUGCAUUAUUUCUGGGCUUCCCUGGUGGCGCAGUGGUUGAGAGUUUGCCUGCCGAUGCAGGGGACACGGGUUCGUGCCCCGGUCCGGGAAGAUCCCACAUGCCGCGGAGUGGCUGGGCCCGUGAGCCAUGGCUGCUGAGACUGUGCGUCCGGAGCCUGUGCUCCUCAGCAGGAGAGGCCACAACAGUGAG